AUGAUCAACUCCGUUAUAGCGAACUUCUGUGAGGCUCCGGUGGCCCAGCCCGUGAUCCCCGGUGGUUCCACAUGGGACGGCGAUGUGCGUCUAAACCGUCCAGGGGUCGCUUACUUUGGCGAAUGUCUGGGACGAUUCAGCACUCCCAAAUUAAUCAUCCCUCAUUCUUGUCCUGUCAUUGAAAUAAGAGCCGAUAAACUCAGGUUUAACGAAGGCUCUGGCCUUUUCCGAGCCGAUUUAAACGUAAUCGUUAAUUCCCCAUGGCCAGGUCCAUUAACUCUGAAUUUAACCACGGUCCAAGAUGUCACUUCAGAGACCGUAGUCACCAUGGAUCCAAGCAGAAAGAACCAAUUUGCCUGGAAUUUAGGUGAUGAACCGGUAGUCAGGAAUCCGCACAAGAUCACACUAGACUUCCAAACGGAUCAAGAGGAGAUGCUUUGCAUUGUGGAUGUGUCUUGCACAGAGACUAAUGCUAAUUUCUUAUGGAUGCCCAAAAGCCAGAGCUCAGGUGAUUUCAUGCCCGAAGCCUCGGUCCAGAUGUUUGAUGCUCAAGUGGAAUACGAAUGUGGGUUGGCCAGAAAGUUCCAGUGGAGCAAUGGAAGUUUGACACAGAUCUUAACUCGAACUUGUCAGUUCAAUGGUGAUUGGGAUAAUGAUAUGGCUCCUUGUGUAUGGGUGGCAUGUAUCAAUCCACCUCAGCCUCCAAUGGGCCACCACAUAGUUAGUCUGUACGAAAAUGGGACCACAGUGACCUUCAAUGAUUCUGUGGUCUAUGUUUGCGAGGAUGGAUAUUUCUUUGAGGAAGACAAGUACCUCAAAAAUUUCACUAUUCAGUGUUUGUCAAACGGAUCCUGGAAUGCACCAACGGUCUGGAAAAAGUGCUUCCAACCAUCAGAGAGGAUCUGUCCUAAUCCAGGAAUGCCAAGUGAGCAUCACGUGUACAAUUGGAACACGAGCUUAGGCCAACCGGCACAAUAUGGAAUGCUUUUGGAGUAUUCAUGUAAAAUCGCUCGGAAGCUCGAAAGAACCCAUGCCAAUGGAACCAAAACGUUGUACGACACACAAGAGUUCAAUUGUGAAUGGAAUCAAGAGUGGUCACCAAAAGCUGAGAUUGAUCCUUGUACUUGGCACCAGUGUAUCAAUCCACCGAUACCUCAUGGUCAUCAUCGUCUAAAGUCGGAUUGGAACAAUGUUCCUUACGAAUUUGGCCAAUCAGCAAUCUAUUCUUGUGAGACUGCUGGUCUUUGGUUCGAAACCGAUCGAGAUCUCGAAAUUUUGCCCGUUGAAUGCCUCACCAAUGGAACAUUCAAGGUCCCAAAUCCGUGGCCUUAUUGUGUAGCAAACACAUAUUGCUUGACACCCCCUGGCAUACCAAGAGGAGGAUCUCGAAUCUGGAACGGCAAUAUGUCCUAUGGAACUGAAGUCGAGUAUAUGUGUGGCAAGAACGCCCAAUUUCUUAAUCAAGAGACCGGAGAGUUGUACGACUAUUCGAAGAUAACUUGUCAAUGGAAUCGAACCUGGGACCUUGAUAACGUUGACCGCUGCAUAUGGUCUGCUUGCAAUCUGGUUCCUGCUCCAAACCCAGAUUCACUACUCAUUUACGCGCCAGAACCGGAUACAUCUUGGGUGGUUGAGACGCCAUAUUCUGCCUAUGAGCCUCUGGUUCCCGCCAAGGUUUUAGUUCCCUCUACAUUUGGAGAUAAAACCAUUCUGCUUGCUGAAGGGUUUAUAUUAGGUGGAGAUGACUUCAGUGCUCAACCCGAAUUAACUUUAGUGGAUGCAUUCAAGAGAAAUGUGCUUCACUUCUCACUUGAUCCUAAUUACAGUCAAAUGACAGUAACAACAGAAUUAAAUCAGGCGAGUAAAAACAUCUCAGAGUUUUGCUGGGCGUUUUUUCAUCCUAAACCAUCUCUUUCAUAAUUUCCAGGACAAGUCUUUGAAGGUCGAAUCCUCUUUUGACUUUGGUAGGACGUUUUCCAUAACUGUCAAAUACGCUCCGUACGAAUUUCAAUUCGAAAUCAACAUUGACGGCGAGGCAGUGGAGCCAAUAAAAAUACCUGAGACCACUCCUGAAUUUGUUUUUGAUCAUGUCCAAGUUGAGGGAGAUGCGGAGCUGACCUUUCUUGGAUUCAUCGAACCCCACCAGUCACCUUCAGUGCCAAUUGGAACCGUCAUCACUUACAAAUGUCCCAAAGAUUUUGUGUUCGACCACGAUUGGCUGCAUCGACCGGAAAUUCGUCUCAAAUGCUUGGAUGACGGCCAAUUUGUGCCACCUGACAUUUGGCCAACCUGCGUAUAUCCUUCGUUGACAUCCGUGAAGUCGUGUUCCCAAGAAAAAUGUUAUGGGGAGGGCCAAUCCGCUUUAUAAAAAACUCGUGUGGAACAGAGUUACUUUGUCCCGAGUGAUCCCGACACUAACACCGAUUCUGAAUGCGAGCGUGAGGACAACGCUCCCUCCUCUGAAGAAUUACUAUUAAAUCAAAAAGGCGACUUCAGAACCGAUCAAGAAUUCCUCUCGGCUUUGGGCAUUGGCAAUGAAUUCCGCGUUUGUGAGAAGGUGGUCCGAAAGAGACCUGGAAUAUUAACCACAGUUUCC